GUCACACCUUUCUUUUUGAGAGAAAUCAAAAGAUUCAUGAAAACAAAUUGUAUUUGAACUCAGCUGUAAGUUAAAAUUGUAAGAAUUUUAUAAGUGAAGUAUUUUAUAGUGAUAUUGAAAAGAAUCUGAUUUGAAAAUGACAGGACGUGCUAGCGUACAAACUCCGAGUGCACUUCAGGUGGUUGUGGACGAUAGAGCUAAACAGUUAUACAGUUAUUUGGAAGAAGGCGGAUUGAUCACCGCCUUUGAAAAUGUCAUGGGCUCGAUGUUCGACAUGGAUCCGGAUCUUCCAACUGACCCGAUUAAGUACAUCAAAGAGAAUACCGGUUACACGAUGAAAGAAGCUCGGGAGGCUUCCAGGGAACUGCAGAAGCUUAGAAUGACGACUGAAAUCAUGGAAAGAGAAAACCAGCUUCUCAGAUCUUAUUUGGACGGGGCCGAAAAGUCCGAGCAAUCGGGUGAUUGGUCCUCCGGUUCGGAGAGUCAGAUUAAGAUGAAUAAAAAAAAGUGGCUAAGCUGCCACGUCAUCACUAAUGAAGGCAACGAAGUUAGUGGUCUUGUGUCGCCACGGAAGAAUGAAAGAUGGACUUGACCGGUGGUGAAGGAAUCCCCUCAAAUCCUAUUGUAUUCGAAUAGAGUGUAGACUAACUAGACCAUCUACGGGGGCACUUCACUAACAUCAAAUUUUCGUGAUUAACAAAUAAUGAAAAUAACAGUAGCGAAGCUGGUCUUUAUAUAGUCCUGGAGAGUAGCAAGAAUGAAUUGAAAGUAAAUAAACAAAUAAAAGUAAUACAAUGAAAACAUAAUAUCACAAGAA